AUGGAGAAAUCUGAGGAAUCCCAUCCCAUGGAGAAACCAUGGAAAUGUGGCGACUGCGGGAAAGGCUUCCCUGCCCCAAGUGACCUGGAGACUCAUCGGUGCAGCCACACUGGAGGGAGGCUGUUCUCCUGCCCCGAGUGCAGGAAGGGCUUUAGCAGUUCCUCCGCCUUGCUGAGGCACCAGCGGGUCCACACGGGGGAGAGGCCCUUCAGCUGCCCCGAGUGCAGAAAGGGCUUUAACUGCUCCUCCAAUCUGCUGACCCACCAGUGGGUCCACUCGGGCGAGAAGCCAUACUCCUGCCUUGAGUGCGGGAAGGGCUUUACUCGCUCCAACACUCUGCUUAUCCACCAGCGAGUCCACACGGGGGAGAGGCCAUACUCUUGCACAGAGUGCAGGAAGGCCUUCAGCUAUUCCUCCCACCUGCUGAGGCACCGGCGGGUCCACACUGGCCAGAGGCCGUACUCCUGCCCGGAGUGCGGGAAGGGCUUUACUAGCUGCUACACCCUGCUGGCCCACCAGCAGGUACACACGGGCGAGAGGCCAUACUUCUGCCCUGAGUGCGGGAAGGGAUUUACUAACCGCUAUAAACUGCUUACCCACCAGCGGGUCCACACAGGGGAGAGACCGUUCUCCUGCCCGGAGUGCGGGAAGGGCUUUGCUAGACGCUCCACCUUGCUUACCCACCAGCGGGUCCACACAGGGAAGAAGCCAUACUCCUGCUCCAAGUUCCGAAAGGCCUUCAGCAGUUCCUCUGACCUGCAGAGGCACCGGCGGGUUCACACGGGGGAGAGGCCCUUCAGCUGCCCUGAGUGCGGGAAGGCCUUCAGCAAUUCCUCCACCCUGCUGACCCACCAAUGGGUCCACACCGGGGAGAGGCCAUUCUCCUGCCUCGAGUGCGGGAAAGGCUUUACCUGCUCCUCCCACCUGCCUGACCACCGCCGAGUCCACACUGGGGAGAAGCCAUUCUCCUGCCCUGAAUGUGGGAAGGGCUUCGCCUACUCCUCCCACCUGAUGGCCCACCAGCGCGUCCACGCUGGGGAAAGGCCCUUCCCCUGCUCUGUGUGUGGGAAGGCCUUCAGUAAAUCCUCGGAUCUGCUGAAGCACCAACGGGUCCACAGAGGGGAGAGGCCAUUCAGUUGCCCUGAGUGCGGGAAGGCCUUCAGUGAUUCCUCUACCCUGCUGAGGCACCAGUGGGUCCACAUCGGGAAAAGGCCGUUCUCGUGCCCUGAGUGUAGGAAGGGCUUCACCCGCUCUUCCGCUCUGCUGACCCAUUUGCGGGUCCACACGGGUGAGAAGCCCUUUAGCUGCCCUGAGUGCAGGAUGGCCUUCAGCAGGUCUUCCCACCUGCUGUGGCACCAGCGGGUCCACACUGGGGAGAGGCCGUACUCCUGCCUCCAGUGCGGAAAGUGCUUUACCCAGCCCUCCAACCUGCUGACCCACCAGCGGAUCCACACCCGCGAGAGACCGUUCUCCUGCCCCGAGUGCGGGAAGGGUUUUGCUGUUUCCUCCCACCUCGUGGCCCACCGGCGGGUCCACACAGGGGAGAGGCCAUUCAGCUGCCCCGAGUGCAGGAAGGCCUUCAGCGAUUCCUCUGCUCUGCUGAAGCACCAGCGAGUCCACACCGGGGAGAGGCCCUUCAGCUGCCCUGAGUGCGGGAAGAGGUUUACAUUUUCCCGCAACUUACGGAAGCACCAGCGGGGGCACCAGCGCUCACAACAAUCAGAUUCCACCGCUGACACUGCCGUGAGUACCCCCCAGGACUGAUUCUCCUGACAGUGGGUGCAGUGGGAGAGUUGGUGCACUGUAUUUGUUUUCCGUUGGACUGCAACCCCAUGGUGACUCAGUGAUUAGCACUGCUGCCUCAUGGCACUAGGAACCAAGGAUCAAUUCCACCCUUGGGGCAACUGUCUGUGUGGAGUUUGUGGAGGGUAGGAGAAUGGAUGAGAUA